AUGCUCAAAAAGAAAAAUGAGGAGCUGGAGAACCUGACACGAGACUCGGAAAAACACCUUGCAGAAAACCAGCAGCUCAAAAAGAAGAAUGAGGAGCUGGAGACAGAAAAGAAAAACCUAACAGAACAAAUACAACAGAUGACGACACAAUGGAAAGAGCUCAAUGUUAGUCGAGCUCAGUGGAGCAUUGAUGCCUACUGUCCCAAAGAAAAAAAACGUGUUUUCCCACAGUGCAGAAAAUGUAAUAAUUGUGAGGAUGGCUGGUUAUAUGCUGACUCCAGCUGCUAUGCAGUUAAUGAUCCUGACCGUGAUCAACGGAAAACCUGGGAAGAAGCUCAAGAAAACUGCAGAGGAAAGAGUUCAGAUUUAGCUGUUGUUAUUAAUGAAGAAGAAAAGAAAACUGUCAGUGAAAAUAGUUGGAAAUAUGAUGAAAACAAAGGAUACUGGAUUGGUCUGAGAGUUGAAGAUGGGAAAUGGAAAUGGCUGGAUGGAAGAGAUGCGGCUAAUAGCGCCUGGAUCAACCAGCCUCCUUCUGAUGGUCACUGUGCAAUCUCUGUCCUAGACGAAGGAUUUAAAUCAGUGAGCUGUGAUGAGAAGAACCGAUGGAUCUGCAAAAAGAAAGCUUUGGAUACUGCAGUAAAACUUCAGAGGACUUUUGGAUAGUCUCAGUCUCAAAAUAUAAUAUUAAUGAUGAUAUUAAUAACUGGUCAACAAAGGGCACUGCAUUACUUCAGAUCAAACAGUUGUUCCCUGAAGUAUCUGCACUGAGAUUAUUUCAUGUUGCAAUGAUAGUUAUUGUUAAGCUAUAUUAUAUUAAAGACAAAUGUUUUAGUCAAGCCAAGAACAACGCUGUUCAAACUGCUGUAACAUGUAGAAGAAGGACAGCUGGCCUCUACAUUUGGACUUUGUUAAUCAG